AUGGCGGGCUCAGCAUCUGACGCUGAGGCCAGCCUGCCUGAGGGGCCACCAGCAACACCUGCGGAUGUCCGAAUUCCCACCUUCGGUUCCUUCAGCAUGGCCUCCGAGGGGGUUGAAGCUGAGGAUGGAACCGUGACUCUGCAGUGGCCUGCGUUUCGUCUGGCCAGGAACCUUGUGGGCAGCCAUAACCUGAUGGAGAGGGAGGAAUGCCCAACAGGCCAUAAGGAGGUGGAGCCCCUCAAAUACGCAGAGGUGGCUGCAGCCGCAUCUGUGACCUGGCAGACAGGGACGGCCUGCAUAUUUGACACUACAUCACUCGUCUUCCACUGCCUGAGGAAGGGGGAGAACAUCGCCUUUGUCCUGAAGGACAUAGGAGUGCUCCUCAUCGAGGAAAUGAGAGUCCAGAUGAAGUUCUACUAUGACUUCCUCGAGAGGAUCAACGGGAAAGAGAGCCUAGAAAAAGUUGUUCUCAAGGUGCCCUGGCUGCUGGACAUGGUGGUGUCCCGGGUGGCAGCUGUAGCCUCCCUGACGUCCUCCGGUGAUCCCAGCCAGCAGAAAGGGCAGCUGGAGCCCUGGCUCACGCCAUGUCUUCUCCUUUUUUACAGGUUUAAACGGGAGUUUGUACCCAAACCACCGCCUGGGAAACCCCGCAGGGCCUCGAAAGUGCCAGUGCCACCUCUUGGCCAGGACAAGAAAGAGGAAUGUCCUGAAUUGCCACCCCUCCCCAGCUGGAUCCACGUCACCUUUCUGGUGGAAAAGCCGCCUGAGGAGAAGAAAACAAAGAAAACAAGCAAUGUGCAGAAGAAGGCCAGUCAGCUGCCAGCGAUCCCGGAGGCGUCUUCUGCCAAAAAGAAGCCUCAGAAAAAGAAGGCGGCAAAAAGCUGUACCGAAAGCAAAGCGGUGACAGAGAUGGGUCCAGCACAGGCAGCACAAGCUCCAAGUGACAAGGAAGAACAACACAGCGUGCUGAGCGUGGUGAAAGCCACCACUGGAGGAGGAGUGCCAGAAAAGGCACAGGCCAAGGCCAAGCCCAGAUCCCACCAUGGAGCUCCAGCCGUGCAACAAACACCACUGGCAGCCCUGUGGUCCCGGAGCUCCGAGACCAGCCUGCUCGAGGAGCGCACCCACAACGCCUCCCCUGCGGUGCCACUGACACACAAGGGAACCAGACCCAGGCAGGGUCAGCCGCCAAAGAGCAGAGCGGGGCUCCCUGGGUGGGAGAUGUCCUGUCCACGCUGAGCAGGACGUGGGGUGGCAGGAGAAGCAGAGCUCCACCUGAGGCUGCCAGACAGGUGUGCGAUUCCCAUCUGUGCCAUCCCUGGGACCAGAAACUCCCACUUGGUAUGGUAGAGCUGGGGAACGAUGCCAUCGUAUCCCAUGGAAAACAGGAUGCAGGUAGGCACCUGCCUGCUCCCUCUUAUCUGCUGGCAAGGCAGUUCUCAGAGUUCCUGCUGAGAUCCCAAAACCAGAAGCUGCCCCUCCAAAGACAGCUGGCUCAACCACUUUGGAUUUGAGCUGUCACUCCAAAGAGAGCUGACUCAGCCCUUCGGGAAUUACAAAUAAGUUUGUACAUCGCCGUGUCAUCAACCGAACAACAACCCCUGAUGACCAUUACUACUGAAGAUCAACAUCUGAACUACGAACCAACCUCUCUCUUGCUUGCUACAAAGACUGCUUGCUUUCAUUUCCCAUCUUUUCUAUCGCCCGUCUUCCCCAUCUCCUGAAACAACUUGGGUUUGUAAUAAUAAACUGGACGGGCUAACAUCUAA